AUGACCGACACAGCAGAUGCCCCCCAAACCAACAAGGCCUUCGUGCCCCUCGAAAAUAACCCCGAAGUAAUGACCCACCUCGUCCGCCAACUCGGCCUCUCCCCAACCCUCGGCUUCACAGACGUGUGGUCAAUCGACAGCCCGGACCUCCUCGCCUUCAUCCCCCGCCCCUCCUACGCCCUCCUCCUCGUCUUCCCCGUCUCCGCCGCCUACGAAGCCACCCGCCGAACCGAAGACGCGCCUCUCCCUGAAUACACCGGCUCAGGUCCCAACGAGCCCGUCAUGUGGUUCAAGCAAACAAUCCGCAACGCCUGCGGGCUAAUCGGGCUCCUGCACGCCGUGUCGAACGGCACGCCGCGGAAGCACAUCACCCCUGGGUCCGAGCUAGAUAAUCUGCUCAAGGAAGCGGAGGGUUUGGAGCCGAUUCAGCGCGCGGAUCUGUUGUAUGAGAGUAAGGCGUUGGAGAGUGCGCAUGCCGAUGCGGCGAAACUGGGGGAUACGGAUGCGCCGGCGGCCGAGGACUCGGUGGACUUGCAUUUUGUGGCGUUUGUGAAGGGUGAGGAUGGGACUUUAUGGGAAUUGGAUGGGAGGAGGAAGGGGCCGUUGGUUAGGGGGGUUCUUGAGGAGGGGGAGGAUGCGUUGAGUGAGAGGGCUUUGCAGUUGGGGGUAAGAAGGUUCUUGGAGGUCGAGAAGGGGAGCGGGGAUGGAGAUUUGAGGUUUAGUCUUGUUAGUUUGGGGGAGGUUUUUGAUUGA